AUGACGAACCGCUACGUCACUCUGAUGACGCGUGCGGCAGAUAACAGCAGCGAAGGCGAGCGUUGGACCCUAGUGCUGGCCCGACACCUGUCCCGUGCAGAGCUCACCCUGGCGCCUCGAAAUGCCUGUAUGGAGGCCGAGCCCUCGACGUCUUCGGCCACCGCGGACAACGGUGCCGACGACGGCGACGACUCAGCCGAUGAGUGCGUCCCAACCGAUCCUGAGGUAUGGGAGUGGAGUGACAUCCGGCGUUGGUUGCGCUUCAUGUUCAACAAGUUUGGGGUGCGUGCACCCCGCCGGCACCUCCUCCCCCGCGCUGGUGCGCUACUGCUCAAGCUCACAGAGGCCAACUGGCUUGAGAUAUGUGAAGCUGAUGAGAAGGCGGCGCGUACCUUUGUUACGUUUCUUGCUCAUGAGAAUGCGAGAGCACACGGCCAGCCGCCACCUCCACAACUGCUGGAGCACCAGACUGCCUCCACGAGGCCACCCGCAAGCGACGAAAGUCAGCCUUACGUGUCACUGACCUCGUGUACUCGCACCACUGGAGGUCAGGUGCAGCUGUGGCAGUUCCUGCUGGAGGAACUGGCAGCCGGCGCGCCCGGCAUCUGCUGGGAGGGCUCGCAGAACGAGGGUGAGUUCCGGCUGUCAGACCCCGAUGAAGUGGCUCGCCGUUGGGGACGCCGCAAGCAGAAACCCAAUAUGAACUACGACAAACUGUCGCGAGCACUCCGGUACUAUUAUGAUAAGAAUAUCAUGAGCAAGGUUCCUGGUAAACGAUAUGCUUACCGGUUCAACUGGCGGGGACUGAGUGCAGCUUGUCAGGCGCAAGCGAGCGACGCGCCGCCGUACUGGUCCUACCUUCCCCACGCACAGCACACUCAGCCUCCGAGUCACUCGGAGAUACCAUCACAGGAUCCUACUGUACCACCGUUAGAACAAUGA